ACCAGGCCAAUACUCUUCAUUGUGUAACAACUAUUGCUUCUGCAGGAGGCAUUUGUGGAGGGUUGAGUCUCAAGAAAUUCCUAAAAGAAAUGCUGUAUAGACUGCAACCUAUACUGCCAGGCUUCUCUGCAAAGCUGAAUUGGACUUCAGAAAAGGCUAACCAUUCUCAGCACACAUCAGGGGCAGCAUGCUUCCAGAUGAUUUUUGAGGUUGAUGAAAAUCCCACAACUUUGGUGAAAAGUAGUCUGGUGAUAAAGAAUUUUUUACACAAAAUCAUUAUGGUAAACCCUAAGAUUAGAUUUUAUUUCAGUGUAAAUGUAAAUGGAAUUUUCUCCAAAGAAAUCUUUGGAGCAGAGAAUGAACCCACUUUGAACUUGUCGAAUGGAAUUGCUCUUGUUGUAAACUGUCAGCAUUAUGUGAGUAUACCAAAAUUUGGUACAACAAAAUUACUGUGCGGAAGAAUCCAUCCUGUGCUAGGACAUUCAGUAAUGCUCUGCAUCCCUGAUGACAUGGCUGAGACAGGCUUUCUGGGAGAGCUGAGACUGACUCCAGCUGCAGCUCUGUGUCCUUGCCCAAAGGGCUUUUCCGGCCAGUGGAGUGGAAUUUCUUCACUCUACAUAUUUCUAUAUGGCCCUUUAGGUCUCCCUCUGAUACUGCCAGGUCAGGAGCAGACAGUUACUAUGGUCUUUAGAGAUACAUCUUUCAUUGACUGGAACAAGUACCACUUGUGUAUGGUGCACAGUUUGGACCACAACUUGGACAGAGAUUUGGUGCUUCCAGAUGUGAGUUAUCAGGCAGAAUCCAGUGAAAGGGGUCAGCAUCUACGUACGGAUCCCCAGGGACAAACGCUGCUGCUUUUUCUCUUUGUGGAUUUCCACAGUAGGCUUCAGGCACAACACAUGGAACCAUGGGGCGUCCAUGUUUGGCUAACAACUCAUCUCAGUCGCAUCCUCGUGGAGAGUCACAGCGCCGUACAAGAUUCCCUCCAGCUCACUGUGGACCGCACCCUGGAGCAGCAUUGCCUGGCUACCAAGGGUCAUCAGACACUGCAGACCUCCCUCUCUGUGGCUGUGAAUUCCAUCAUGAGCAUCGUGACUGGAAGCACCAGCAGCAGCUUUCGCAACAUCUGUCUCCAAACUCUACAAGCUGCUGACACACAGGAGUUUAGGACCAAAUUGAAUCAAGCAUUUUAUGAGCUCACCCAGCACCAAUUUACUCACCACUCCUCAUGUGAAGUGAACCAAGUGCUUCCAGACACCAGUGACGUAGCAUCGAGUGCCCAGGACACACAUGGGGACAAUGGCCUGGAGCCCUUUGGAGGUAAGGCCUUGGCUUUUCAGGUGAGCCCCGAGAAAACUGACUUUCGCUUUCCAACUCAGCAGCCGGGGGCCGAGUGCACCGCGCGCACAGUGCGGGGGCCCGGGGGCGCGAACCCCCGCCUGGGUGAGGGCGGAGCCGACAGCGCUGCCUCGGUGGAGAACCGAGCGCGCCAGGAGCCCGUGAAGCUCGGGUUCGGGCACGGCCUCGCCGGCCCCGAGACGGGCUUCGGGAGCGGGGUGGGUGGCCGGGCCGGCUCCUCCUCGCGCCCCUACUCGCGCGCCUCCUUUCCCCCAGGCGCAGCCCGGCCAGAGGAGGGAGCGAAGAGACGCCGGCGGGGCAGCCCCGGUCCCGGCCUCGGUCCGGAGGAGUCGCCGGCCCUGGGCGGCGCGGGGAGCGGCCUGGAGGACGCGCUCUGGCAGCGGGAAGUGGCCAACCUGGCCGAGUGGCUGCGGCCCGACACCUGA